AUGUUCAUUAUUUCUGAGGAGCAGCAAGAUAAAAAAGCGAUUUUAGAAGAAAAUUCUAAAUCAAUCUCAGAAGAGAGCUUAAAUGAAGAAAUAAAGCCAGAGGAUGCAACGGCUGUUUCACUAUCCGCAUUUGCUUCGUUGGUGCCUUCGUCGGAAAUAAUGAAAAUUUAUGAAUUAUCCAAAUGUAAACUAAAAGAAGAGACAAAAUUUAGCGCGACGGUUGUCACGCCUAAGCGAAACCCAGAAGUAAAGCAGAAGCUGGAAUAUUUAAGGAACAGAUUACUUCAAGCAAUCGAAAAGCAUUCCUGUACACACACGUCUAGCUCCAAUAAUUCUGAUGAAAUGGACUUUAACACCGAUUCCCAUCUUGAAGCCUUUCGACGGGGAGGAUCUUUGCGCAAAUCGAAAGACCCCCCUCCCACAUUGAUAAACUAA